AUGGACCAGAACAACAAUGUCACCGAAUUUGUCCUGCUGGGCUUCACUCAGAAUCCUGCGGGGCAAAAAGCAUUAUUUGUUAUGUUUUUACUCAUCUACAUUGUGACGAUGGUGGGAAACCUGCUCAUUGUGAUGACAGUGAUCAUCAGUCCCUCCUUGGGCUCCCCAAUGUACUUCUUCCUUGCCUCUUUGUCACUCAUGGAUGCUGUUUAUUCCACUGCCAUCUCACCCAAGUUGAUUGUAGAUUUGCUCCGUGAUAAGAAGACCAUCUCCUUCACAGCAUGUAUAAGCCAGCUCUUUAUAGAGCAUUUAUUUGGUGGUGUUGAUAUUGUCAUUCUGGUCGCAAUGGCCUAUGAUCGUUAUGUGGCUAUCUGUAAGCCCCUGCAUUAUAUAAUUAUUAUGAAUCGACAGGUAUGUAUCCUUUUCUUAGUGAUGGCCUGGGCAGGAGGGUUUGUGCAUGCUUUGAUUCAAGUUCUUCCUGUGUAUAAACUUCCUUUCUGUGGUCCCAAUAUCAUUGACCACUUUGGCUGUGACAUAUACCCACUAUUGCUACUUGCAUGCACUGAUACCUACUUCAUUGGUCUCUCUGCCAUUGUCAAUAAUGGGGCUAUGUGUUUAGUGAUCUUCAUCCUCCUCCUUCUUUCCUAUGGAAUCAUUUUAAGAUCUCUAAAGAUUCACAGUCAGGAAGGGAGGCAUAAAGCACUGUUCACCUGUAGUUCCCAUAUCACUGUGGUUUUCCUCUUUUUUGUUCCCUGUAUUUUCAUGUAUGUUAGACCAGUUUGUAGUUUCCCUGUUGAUAAAUCAAUUACUGUGUUUUAUACAAUUGUGACUCCCAUGUUGAAUCCAUUAAUAUAUACUUUGAGAAACUCAGAAAUAAAAAAUGCUAUGGAAAAACUUUUCCAAAAACUAUUAACUACAGAUAGAAUAGGAAUGUCUUGUCACUGA